GUUCUUUACUAUUCCUUUUUUCCUCAUUAAAGCAACAAAAGCCAACAAAAAUAUUACACAUCUCACUACCUCCCAAACCUUCAAAAAAGCAGCUGGCUAAGUGGCUAAUAUUCGAAUAAAAGUAACCAGCUUUUCUUUAUGAACUAAAAAAGUAUAGUGAAAAACCAUAUAACUUAAUUGAAAAAUAAAAAGAAGGGAAAGUGAAGAAUAAUGGGUGUUUCAAUUCCAGUUCUUGUAAUUGUUAUUGCUCUUCAUCUCAUUGCUUUUGUUCUUGCUGUCGGUGCUGAACGACGUCGUAGCACGGCGAAAGUAGUACCGGAUAAGUAUGAUGAAAGAACGUACUGUGUGUAUGGAACGGACGCUUCCACGGUGUACGGGUUGGCAGCAUUUGGGUUGCUACUGAUUAGCCAAGUGUUGGUUAAUGGCGUUACCAAGUGCUUAUGUUUUGGAAGAGGAAUGAUGGGUGGUAGUUCUACUACUUGUGCCAUUUUCUUCUUUGUCUUCUCCUGGGUUAGCUUUUUAGGAGCGGAAGCAUGCUUAUUGGCUGGAUCAGCAAGGAAUGCAUAUCAUACAAAGUAUCGCGGGGUUUUCCUAGCUGACCACUUGUCGUGUGCCACCCUCCGAAAAGGCGUAUUCGCUGCUGGCGCCGCCCUGACUUUAUUAUCAAUGAUCGGAUCCAUUUUCUACUACUGGAUUCACUCAAAAGCCGAUACCGGUGGAUGGCAAAAGCACAAAAAUGAAGGACUUGGAAUGGCAACAUCUAAUUAUAAUGAAUCUACUGAAAGAAAGGGCUAAUCCGUGUUUCUUUUAAACGUGAAGGAUUCCUGGUUUUGUUUUGUACCACCCUUAGUAACAUACAUAAUAUUAUAUAUAUCAUAUAUGAAUGUAGUCUGUAGGAAUCUAAGUAAAUGCAUAUUAGCUGUAUCCGCGUCCACGUCCUGUUUGUAAUAGCUUUUCUGAUUGUCAUUUGUAUGCAUAUGUACAAUGUAAGCCUUCAUUUCUGGGAAGGUCACAAAUUAUGAUCUCUAUGAUUUUCUUGGUAGUGCACUUGACAGAGAGUAGUACAAUUUUACAGUCUGAAUUAGUGUUCUGCAGUUUAUUUUGUAUUUCUGUGUAAGUGAACAAACUAUGAAAAGAAAGAUUGCUAUACACUUCAAUAGAAUAUGUAUG